AUAAAGCCGCAUCCGCGAGCACGACCAGAGAGAGAGAGAGAUGGCAGGAGUGGAAGCGCCAAGAAGACAAGGGAGGCUACUUCCUCCGGCGAGAGGGGGUCCGCCUGGGCCGCCAGCACUCCAGGCCAAGGUGGCCCCUCGCUUCGAACCUGUUGAUCGCGAGAAGACUUGUCCUUUAUUGCUUCGAGUUUUCACAAAGAUUGGAGGUCAUCAUACUGAUACAGACUUUGCAGUAAGGGGCAAGGAGCCUAAAGAUGAGGUCCAAAUUUAUACAUGGAAAGAUGCUACUCUCCGUGAAUUAACUGAUCUGGUUAAAGAGGUAGCACCAGAAGCAAGAAGAAGGGAUGCUGUGCUGUCCUUUGCUUUUGUAUAUCCUGAUAAACAUGGCCGUUUUGUGGUUAAAGAGGUGGGAAGAACCUAUUCUUACCCAAAUGGUAGACGACCUGACAGUGGUGGCAAGGCGUUGGCUGAACUCAGCUUCCAGAUUGGAGAUUACUUGGAUGUUGCAAUCCUGUAGAGGGAGGAGCUAGCUAGCGGUCUUCUGUAUUCCUCGGUACUGUAUUUAGAUCUGCAAUUUUCUCGAGGCUUAUGUUGUCGAAUUACUGCUGAUGCACCCUCGUCUUUGGUUAUCUCGUUCACCUGGAGCUUCUACAAUCUUUCAUCGUCUUUGUCUCUUCUGGAAAUCGAAAAUUAACAGUUGAGAUCAUCCAUCUAUGGUUGAUUGUGUACUGAAUCUGAAUGCUUGUUAACUGGCUUUGGAGCUUUUGAGUUUAAGCCAGGAAAGGAUGCCAUCAAUACACGAUGUCAAUGUGGUUUCUAUUGCUUAAUAUUUUUCAUAGGCUGUUAAGCAACCCCGAGCAUGAAUCUCAAAGGGCCGCCGGAUUUAUAUCUAAUGUAUUGACAGGCUAAUUAAAUCCAGAACAUUAUUAUUUUGUA